AUGAGUUGGCUUAAGAUAAGUAGUUAUGUGGUACGUACAGUAUGUUUGGUGCACAUAACGCAUGCGCACUUUUAUGAAUUUACAGAGACGAGGGGUGAAUCCAUGCUACCCACUUUGAACAGUGUUAAUGACUACGUACAUGUGCUUAAAUGGUACAAGGAUGGGCGGGACCUCAGUAUAGGAGAUUGCAUAGUUGCUAUGAAGCCUACAGAUCCACAAUGCCGCGUUUGUAAGCGAAUAACGGGCAUGGAAGGCGAUUUGAUUUUAGUAGACCCCAGCCAGAAUGAUGACGAAGAAGCAUUUGACACUUUCAUAAAGGUUCCAAAGGGUCAUGUGUGGGUAACAGGAGAUAAUUUAUCGCACAGCUUAGAUUCGAGAACGUACAAUUCGAUACCGAUGGGGCUAAUCAAGGGUAAAAUUGUCGCUGCAAACGACUUCAACAAACCUCUCUCGACACUUUGGGGAUUCCGGUACAUCACUAAUAACUUCGUGGACGAAACAGAGGGGUGA